AGAAGAAUACAUUGGAAAAGGAUGUGUCCUGCCUUUACGGAUAAUAUUUCUCUUUUCCAGAUACGUAUGUGACUAGUUUGGGCGCCUACCUUCUUGAAUCUGAGCAGAUUGAGAAUCAGCUAUUUUCUUGAAAGCAGCGGUGGCGGGUUUUUCCUCAGCUGGUUUGCUAGCAGGAGCGCCUGACCGGACUCUCGCUAUAAAACAGCAGAACUACCAAAUCAGCCGCGUAAUAUUUGCCUUUCAAAACGCGUUAUAACGGGAAGUAAAGGUUUAAAAGUCUUAUUUCCUAAGUUAAUUUAACCGUAACCGUUUAACUGCUUUAAUUUAACCGUAAAGCCACAGUAUUUUAUUCUAGCAGCUAACCGCACGCGCUGUACAAUAAUAUAACCGAUAAAUGUCUCCAUGACAACGUGUGUGUGUGUUGUAGUAUUGAGAGCAUCAACCGCUCCCAUUACACAUCUGAGUCUGUAGCAUGUUUACUCGAUGCUGAAGGAGAUGUUUAUACAGCACAACCUGCUGACAGACAUUAGGUAGCUCUGGAUAGCGACGCAUCGAGGUCCAGUAUGAAACACGAUAUAUCUGCGCUUCAGUAACCGUGACUGGAGGCUCAGGAGAGCCUUCAUUAUGUACCCUAGCUGUGUCAUCGUCCUGUCGAUCAUCUCCACCUCUCGAGACUGAUAUUUUCUGGCUUUUUUUGACUCGUGAUCCACCAAGUGUUGCGCAAUGGCGGGUGUUGGGGUCAGCGUGCUGUCGCAGGGUCAGCUGCCGUCUGCAUCCUCCAACUCCUCGCCCACUGAUCCUGAUACCCGGGGCUGCUCAAGCGGGGACUUCAUGGACUCCUUUGGCAUCUUCCUGCAGGGCCUUCUGGGAGUGGUGGCCUUCAGCACCCUUAUGUUGAAACACUUCAGGGAGCCCAAGCACGAACGGAGACCCUGGAGAAUCUGGUUUCUGGACACCUCCAAACAGGCCAUAGGGAUGCUGUUUAUUCACUUUGCCAAUGUCUACCUGUCUGACCUCACAGAGGAGGACCCAUGUUCACUAUACCUGAUCAACUUCCUUUUGGAUGCGACACUGGGCAUGCUGGUGAUCUAUGGCGGCGUGAAGGCCGUUAGUGCUGUGGUUGAAUGGAGACAGUGGGAUUCGCUGCGUUUUGGAGAGUAUGGAGAGCCGGUUCAGUGCAGUGCCUGGGUGGGUCAGUGUGCUCUCUACAUCCUCAUCAUGAUGUUUGAGAAGGUCAUGAUCAUGUUGGUCCCACGAGUUAAAUCCUUUAUUCUUCAACCGGGCUGUUAA